AAAUGAAAAAAAAACAUGACAUAGCAGUCAAAUGGGUUCUUUUCAUUUAAAUGUUAUGACAUCACAAUGGAGAAGGAUAAAUAUAAAACCUUAUUCUGCUAAAACCACUGUAGACUGAAACAUAUCUUGCUGUUCACCGUACGUAUGAUAUCAGAAAUAUGUUGACAUUACACUAUAUUACUGCUUGUGUUCUGUGUGUCGUAGUGCACUCCAGCCCACCAGGUUAUUCCAAAAAUGUUUUGAAUGAAGUCAGGAAUCAUAUUGAAAGAUCAGAAUUAGAUGAUGUGGACUCAUUAGAUGAUCAAGCUGAUACACGCAAUGUACAUAGUAACAUAAGUAAGAAGGCAAUGUGGAAUUUUUCCAACCAGAUGAUUGCAAUUUUUGGGAUCAGUCGUGCUAUCUCACUUCUGGAUUAUGGUUGUUAUUGUGGAAACGGUGGUGCAGGAACACCAGUAGACGGUAUAGAUCGAUAGUUAUGGUUCCUGUAAAUAUAGAGUGUGUAGGUGUGACAAGUUGUUUAUAGAUUGUCUACACAGAAACACAUACAAUCAAGCAAACUAUAACAACUGUUAAUGAAAUGAUCACAUACUGUAAACCAACUAAUUUUUGCGAUCGAUUUAUUUUUGCGGCUUUCGCGAGUAGAAAAUAACGCGAAAAUAAAUAUUUGCGAAAAUUUAAAACUUAGCUCUUUCCUUAUCUAACUACAUCAGGUAAAUAUGAAAAUUGACAAAUUAGAUCGCUGCAAAGUGGACUGGAAAAGGUUAAACGCGAAAUAAAGUAUUCGCGAAAAUACGUUGGUAUACAGUACAAAAUGCAGUAUAUCAUGUAUAUUUUCUUAAGUUCACUGGGAGCAGUAGCCCUGAUCUUAUAAGCUUAACUAGUGCAGAACAAUAAUUUGGGAAAAUUAGGGGUUUAUGAAUUAAAUUUGUGACAUGGGUUCUAUCAUCUUUAUUCAAUUGUUAACUAAUUUAAAGAAUUAUAUUGAACAAUUGGAUAUUUUUCAAAAACCUCAUACUCGCUUUUCUAAUGUGUAUUUCUUUUCCGCCACAAAAUAGAACACAGAACGUAUAAUAAGUUAAAAUUUGGGAGAAGUAUAUUACAUGUUUGUAUUUAAAUUUCAUUAAAGGGUCAAAAUGGGAAUUUUUGUGAGGAAAAACACAAACAAAGUACGUUCACAUGAAUUCUGGGAUCGACUUAUAUGUAUAUAUUUUAUGUGAUUGUUGUAAGAUUGGGGCUUCUGUUUCCGAUGUGUAUCCAAGUAGCUAUAUGAACUUUAUCUUCUUGUUAUAAUAUCUUAUCUUAAAGAUGUCUGAGUUAUCCAUUCUUUUUACAAUAAUCUUAUGAAUCUUAUGAUUGUGCAAAAUGUAACGUAUGCUAACCUUCGAUUCAUAUGAUUAACAAUUUAACAAUAAUCUAAUGACACUGAUCUGCAUAUUGUAACUUAUCUUACAUUUAACUGAAAAUAAUCAAGAAUUUUAGAGUAACCGUCAUUCUUUUGUUAUAAGUCAACGCUAAUUCUGUGAAAAAUACCUCAGUCUUUAAUUAUCUUUAA